AUAGAAUUAUAAUGAAUAACAAUCAAAACUAUUAGGAAGGACUUCAAUCCUCUCUGUUACCUAAAAAAUGUGAUGUUUAAAAUGAUAAUAUUAAUCAAGAAUCGAGUAUUGGGCUUGAAAUGAAGCAAAAGUAGGAAACUAUGAAUGUGAUGAAAGAAACACAAAAAGCUAAAGAUUUUAUUCAAACACAAGUAUGGAUGGAACUAAAUAAAAUUUUUUGGAGUUGGGCUCAUAAAAAAUAAGAAAAUUAAACCGAUUUAAAAGAUUUCAAAAAUUUAUGGGAGGUUUUAGAGCCAUUUGAAGAAGGAAAUAAUAAAAUAGAAUAAAGAAUUAAUGGGAUUGAAGUAUUGUUAAAAGAAAUAGAAGAAAAAUCAGAUAUCCUUAGAAAUUUAAAUGUUUAAAAUUAAUAAUAGCAUUUUCAAUAAUCUAAUUACUAAAUUUAAGAUGACUAAAAUAGAAGUUCAAUUCUUAAAAAUUAGACUUAAAAAUAAAACCAAAAUUCUUAGUAGGAAGAAUAAAUAUAAUAAGAAAAUUAAAAUGAAGUAUUGAAAAAUUGUUAAAUUAAGAAUAACCUUAUCGGUAGUUAAUAAACUGUUUCUAAUGAAAAAAACAAUUAAGAAUAAGAGCUUAGAAAUAUGAUUGCUCGAAUAAAUGAUUAAGAUUAAAAAAUAAAAUAAAUUCAAGACAAUGUAUAAAAUGAUAUUAAAUAAACUUCAAAAAAAUAUACAGAAAUUGAAGAAAAACUUAAAGAGAUGAAUUAAUUUUUAGAAACAAAAAUUGAAAGCCUUACAGAGAGUAACAAAUAAUUCGAAUUAAAAUUAUUAUAGUAAAAUUAAGAAAUUAUAAAUAUUAAGGAUUAAAUUGAAAAAUAUUUAGUUAAUGAAGAAUAUAGAUAAAGAAAUUAAUAUUAAUUUACAUAAACAUAAUCUUAAAUAAAAACUUAAAAUUUUCAAUAAAAUUAAUAACAGCAAAGCUCAAUCAGAUUAAAUAAACAAACAGAAUAAAUAAAUAUUGAGAAUGAAAUAAUGAAAUUUGAAUAAGUUUAAUAGUAGAGCUCUAAAAUCGAUUAUAUUUAAAAUACACUUGAGGAAAAUAUAACAAAAAAUGAUGAAUUAAUUAACUAAAACUAAAGUAUGUAAUAAUUGCCUGUGAAUAACAAAUAAUUCGAAUUUAAUUUACAACAAUAAAAUUAAGAAAAUAUAACAAAUAACGAUUAAUUUAAUGGAAAUAUAAGUAUUUAGUAGGAAAAUUCUGAAUAUAGUGUAAAUGAUUAAGGAUUAUCUUAAAUAAAAAAAUAAAAUUUUUAAUAAUUAAACCAAGAAUAAAAUAAAAUAAAUCAUCAACCUUAAGAUUAAACCAAUCAAUAAUUUUCAAAUAGUAAAAUUCGAUUUGGAACAUUGUAAACAUAAAAAUAAAGCUAAACGAAUAUAAAUUUCCAAAAUUAGUUAUGCUUAAAUAAACCUUAAAGUAAUCAACAAUAAUCUAAUUAAAUUUGUCAAUAACAAUAAAAUUUGAUGUUGUAACAAUAGUUUUAAUAAUAAUAAUAAGAUUAAUUUAGUCCAAAAUAUCUUUAAUAAGGUUACUAUUCAGAGAUAAAAUUUUAAAACAGUAAUAAUUUUCAGAAUGAUACUUAAGAAAGAUCUAAAUUGAGAAAAGAUUUUAAUCAACUGUAGGCAUAAAAUUGCUAAUUAUUCAAAAAGGAUGAAUAGAGAUGUAGAUAAGUUUAAGAUUUCAUUUAUAGUAUAUAUUCUUCUACAAAUCAAACGAGAAUAGCUGAAGGAAAUUAUUAAUAAUUUAUUAGAGAAAUGUAAGAUUUUAAUUAAAUGUGUAAAAACUAUGGAAUAAAAUCUUUUACUUAAAAAUAAUAAUUAAAAGAAAUAUGUAAUGCUUUUAGAGAAGUUAGAGGAGAUGGAAAUUGUUUUUAUACUGCUUUAGGAUUUCAAGUAAUUCAAAUAAUAAUUGGAGAAUAUUCUACAAAUUAAUUUUAGAAUUUUGUAAAUAAGGUUAAAGGGAAAUUUAAGUAUUAAUUUAAAGUUGUAAAUGAAUUGUUAGGUAAUGAUGAAAUCAAUAAUUAAAUUGAAAAUGAAUUCUUUUUCAGAUUAGAAUAAUUUAGAUAAAUAGAAGACAAAUAUGAGAGGAAUACAUAAUUUAUUAAGCAUUUUUAAGCUAAUUAAUAAUCAGUAGAAUUAUAAAUUGAUGGAUGUUUAUAUGGAUUAUCAACUUUAUUUUUUAGAAAUUUGUCUUAUUAUGUAGUUGAAAAUAGUGAUUAAAAAGAGUUGGUUUAUGAUAAAAAUACAUUAUUAGCUUGGGAAACUGAAUGUAAUUCAAAUGAAGUUGUAAUAUCUUUAUUAUCAAAAUAUUUAGACAUGUAAUAUAUAUUAGUAUUAAUUAGAUUUAUUUAAGUGAUAUUUUUUGAUAAAGGAGAAUUUUAAUUAAGAGAAUAUAAUAAUGGUGCAAAUUAAUCUAUUUAAUUAUUGAUUUAACCAGGACAUUAUAAUAUUGGAAUAAAAUAAAUUACUUAGAAUGAAAAUAAUUGA